AUGAAAGCAACUUCAGGGAAAUUUGAAGUGGAGAAAUUCGAUGGAAAGGGUGACUUUGGUCUAUGGAAGUGUAAGAUGCUAUGUCAGAUUGAGAUAGUAGGUUUGGGUUCUGUUCUUAAGGAGGAAACUUCUUCUACGGAUGUUGAAGGUGAAGAACAGAAGGAUACUAAACCUAAUCCUAAGGAGCAAGAUUGGGAGCUGCGUACAAAGAAUCUGAUCAGUAUGUUUCUAUCUGAUCUUAUUCUACGGAAGAGAUAUGCAGGUUUCAGAACGGAAAUUUUGGACGUGUUUCUGAAACUUGUGGUUGAUCUAGCAAGUCUGGAUAUUAAGAUCAAUGAAGAAGAUCUAGUUAUUCAGAUCUUAACCAGCUUAUCUAAGCAAUACGAGUCUCUCGUUGAUGCUUUAAAAUACGGUAGCAGAAAGGAGACUUUAACGGUCCGUGAUUUUACAAGCUCGGCUUAUUCUAAGGAAGUUGAAUUAAGGGAGAAGGGACUUCUUAACAAGUCCAAAGGUAACUCGGAGGGUCUGUUUGCUGGCGACAACAGGGGCAGAGGUGAGAGGAAGAACGACAAGACUUGA